AUGUCAAAUAAGGAAGUAAAAGCAGCAUUAAAGAGUGCUAGAGAAGCAAUAAGGAAUAAAGAAUAUAAGGAAGCCUUAAAACACUGCAAGGCUGUCUUGAAGCAAGAGAAAAAUAACUACAAUGCUUGGGUAUUUAUUGGCCUGGCAGCUGCUGAGUUGGAGCAACCUGAUCAGGCCAAAGGAGCCUAUAAGAAGGCUGCUGAACUGGAACCAAACCAGUUACUGGCAUGGCAGGGGUUAGCAAACCUAUAUGAGAAAUCCAACCAAACGGAUGUCAAGGGAGACUUAGCAGAUGUUUACCAAAAGCUCUUGGAUCUCUAUGAAAGUGGUGACAAGCAGAAAUGGUGUGAUGUAUGUAACAAGCUUGUGGAGCUGUAUCACCAAGAAAAGAAAUAUUUAGAGGUGGCUCGAACAUGGCACAAAUUUAUACAAGUAAAGAAGGAGGGAGGUGCAGAUAAUGCAGAGCUUCAUCAACUUUGGAAGAAGAUGAUCCAGUUACUAGCAGACAGUACGCAAAAUCAGGAUAAUGAGACUGAGCAGUUGCUUUUGACUGCAUUUGAACAUGCAGUGAACUCUUCUGACAGUGUUCCCAGUGAAGAGCACCAAAAUCUCUACAAAGACUUUAUUCAGUGUUUAUCAAAAUUUCCUCAUGAAAUAAUUAGAUUGAAGAAGACCUGUGAUGAUAUGAUGGCUUUAUAUCCUACUGUGAGUUAUGCUUUAGAAGUACUUUGCUUGCACUUUAUUCAGUCAGGUACUUUCACUGAAGAGGCCCUGCACUAUUUUUCUAGACUUUUGGAGAUGGACUCGAGUAGUGGUCCAGGCAUUAUUGGUUCAGGUAUAAAAUGCCUCCAGGAAAGGAAAUAUGAAGAGGCUGUUAAGAGCCUUACUGAAGGUUUACAGAAGACUAACCAGUGUCCCUCAGGAUGGUAUUAUCUGGCACAGGCACAGAUAAAAAUGCACAGGCACAAAGAAGCUGUCCUGUCCUGCAAUCAAGCUCUCAAAACUCUUGGACCUCUUGGGAGUUCUGGUCUUGAGCAGAAAAACCUUAUUCUUCAGUUGAAAGCAGAGGCUCUGAUUAAAAUAGCUAAUGCUGAUGCUGCAGAAGAGGCCAUUAAUGCACUUGAACAGAUUGUGGAUGUGGGCAGUGAUCCAGUGCUCUUAGCUUUCAGAGGCCAGGCUUAUCUAAACAAAGGCUUAAUGGAAGAAGCUUCAAAGAUUUCACACGAGCUGCUGUUGUCCCACCCUGAUCUGGCUGAGGCCCAUGCUCUUGAGGGUUUCAUCCACUAUUCCCAAAAGAACUAUAAAGAGGCAGAAAGAAGUUUUCAAAAUGCUAUUGAAAGAAAGGAUGAAAUUGCAGAGUAUCAUCAGUACCUGGGUCUCACGUACUGGUUCAUGAAUGAUGAGACAAAAAAAGACAAGGGAAAAACCCUGACACACUUCUUGAAGGCUGCAAAAUUGGACAGCUACUUGGGAAGUGUCUUUUGCUGUUUAGGUAACUACUACAGAGAUGUUGCUGGAGACAAAAGUAGAGCUCGUGGCUGCUAUAAAAAGGCUUUUGAACUAGAUGGAACUGAUGAAGAAUCGGGAUCUGCAGCUGUAGACUUGAGUGUGGAACUCGAAGACAUGGACACUGCUUUGUCAAUCUUGAAUGAGGUAACAGAAAAAGCAAGUACUGGGACAGCAAAAUGGGCCUGGCUUCGUCGUGGACUCUACUACCUGAGAACUGGUCAGCCAUCACAAGCCGUGGUUGAUUUGCAGGCAGCUGUCAGAGCUGAUCCAAAGGAUGCUAACUGCUGGGAAUCUCUAGGGGAGGCCUACCUGAGCAGAGGUAGCUAUAUGACAGCUCUGAAAUCCUUCACAAAGGCCAGUGAGCUGGACCCAGAGCUCGUGUACAGCGUUUACAAAACUGCAGCAAUCAAACAGAUCCAGGGCAAAUACAAAGAGGCUAUAUCUACCUAUCAACAAAUCUUAAAAAAGACAAAAGAUUACAUGCCUGCACUGAAAGGACUUGGUGAGUGCUAUUUCAUGUUGGCAAAAUCAGCCCUUGAUGAGUAUUUUGAUGGGAAGGCCAUGGAUUACCUAGAGCUGGCUCUUGAGUUUUCUACCAGGGCAACAAAGUGCCAUCCUGAUAUGUCUUCCCUCUGGAAACUGCUUGGAGAUAUAUGUACUAGUGUGCACGUUUUUUCACCAACCAAAGUGAAAAUUCAAGUUCUAGGAUCCCUUCUUGGUGAAAAUGCAGACAAACAGAUCCUGCAGAAAAGCGAGCUGCUCAUCCUGGGAGGAAGGUGUUACGGCAGAGCUUUAAAACUGACGCCUUUGCCUAGCAUAUGGUGUGAUCUAGGAAUAAAUUAUUAUAGACAAGCAGAGCACCUAACAGCAGUGGGCACUGAUGUGAACGAGACCAAUGAACUGUUAGAGAAAUCCUUACAGUGUAUUAAAAAAUCUGUGAGGCUUGACAGCAAAAAUCAUCUUUACUGGAAUGCACUUGGUGUAGUUGCUUCCUGUAGUGCUAUUGAAAAUUAUGCUCUUGCUCAACAUUCGUUUAUCAAAUCUGUUCAGGCUGAGCAAAACAAUGUUGUUGCCUGGACCAACUUGGGAGUUUUGUAUCUAGUAACCGAAAACAUUGAGCAAGCUCAUGAAGCCUUCAAGAUAGCCCAGUCUCUGGAGCCUUCUUACUUACAGUGCUGGAUAGGGCAGGCUCUUAUUGCAGAGAAAGUAGGCAGCUAUGAUACGAUGGAUCUCUUCAGGCACACAACUGAACUUAAUAUGCAUGCUGAGGGAGCAAAAGGCUAUGCCCACUGGGUGUGCUCAACCCUGCAGGAUAAAAGCAACAGAAACACUGAGCUGUACUUGUACAACAUCGUUCAAAUGAAUGCUAUUCCAACUGCCCAGGUAGCCUUGGGCAAAUAUACAGAAAGAAAUCCAGAUGAUGCAUCUGCUUUCACAAUGCUUGGCUUUUUGAAUGAGCAUCUACAUCUAAAAAGGCAGGCAAUGGAAGCUUAUGAGAGGGCAGCUGCAUUGCUGAAAAACUCUGAAGAUACAGAAAGCUAUAACAUAGCAAUGCAAAACUAUGGCAGAUGCCUGUGUGCCAUUGGGGAGUGUGAUAAGGCUAUUGAAGUUUACACAUCAGUACCCCUAACUGAGUUUGAUGCCAUUGUGGGAAUAGCACUAGCCUACUUCAAGAAGGGACUCUUGCAAGAAAGUAUUAAAGCCUAUGAGAAAGCACUGUCUAUUGCUGAAUCUGAACAAGAUAAAGCCCACAUCCUGACUGCCUUGGCAAUAAUAGAGUAUAAACAGAACAAAGUGGAUGCUGCAAAGACACUGCUAUUUAAAUGCUCAUUAAAGGAACCCAAUGCAGAAAGUCUGAAGGCUCUGUGCACUUUAGGACUGGUGCAGCAGGAUGCUACACUUGCAACAGCAGCACUAAAGGAAUUACUGAAGCAUGUCAAAGGGGAAAACAGCGUUUACGAGAAGUGCCUUUUUACUGCUGCUGUUUAUGCAUUGCAAGGUAGAAAUGUGGGUGUCCAGAGACAAGUCUCCAAAGCAAUUCAUAGUAACCCUGAUAAUCCUGCCCUUUGGUCUCUUCUGUCUCAACUAGUUCCACUAUAUACACCCCGGAAUGCAGAAGGGGGAGCUGUGGCAGGAAACAUUGCACAAGUGCUUGAUUUAAACCGUGGAAAGAAAGAUCUGUUGAACAUUGCAGUAAAUCAGUUGGCAGCAGGAUGUCACUCAUCAGAAGACCAGAAAAACAACCCGCUGAAGAAUAUUCAAAAGGCAAUCCAUCUCUGUCCAGAUAAUCCUGCUGCUUGGGCAGUGCUAAUGGCAGCCUGUCAUGCUGAAAACACUAUUGCUUGUCUAAACAACGCUGAGCCGAAGCGAACAGAUCUAGAGAUGACUCUUGUAUCUACAAUUUCAGCCCAAGCUGGAGAAAACAACCUCCCAGCUAGUUACAUCAAGACUCUUGAAGACUGGUCUCUGUGUCAAGCUAUUACCAGUCUAGAAGAGACGGGUAGGAUCUCAGAAGCUGAAGCACUUUGUACCAAGGGAUUGAAAAGCUGCCCAGAGCACCCAGGUCUGUUCUUGCUGUUGAGACAAGUUCAGUGUAAGCAGCUGUUGCAGUCUCACAAAGACCUUCCAGACACUGUCCUGGAGGAGCUUCGCAAGACGGUCAUGAGCAGCUCAACAGUUGCAGCAUGGCAGUGGCUGGCAAGUGUGUAUCAAUCUCAAGGAAUGAUGGUUGCAGCAGAGAUGUGUUACAGAAAGAGCCUGCAGCUGGCAUCACAGCAGGGCAACUGGAGCGGGAAGUUAUCCAGUCUGCUCAGGCUAGCCAUGCUUGCACUGGAAAUCUGCAUGGCUAAGGUCUCAGAUGAGCACUGGCCAGCCUUGGUUCAGGAGGCAACAACUGAAGCCCUGAAGCUUUCUCCCUGCCCUCUGGCAGCUCUUCUGCAGGCCCUGCUACAGUAUAAUCAGAAAAUUGGAGCCAGGGAGACUCGUCGAAUGUUGGAAAGAUUGGUAUAUCAGCCUGGAAUUCCAGAAAACAUAGCUUCUGUGGCACGCUGGUACCUCCUACAACAUCUCUAUGCCAAAGAUGAUUAUGAAUUAAUAGAUGUACUUGUAGAAAAUGCAAAAGCUAAUGGAGAUGUUCGAGCUCUAGAACUAAAUGAGAAAUUGUCAUCAAGUGCCUAGUAUGGACUGUUUCAAGUACAAAAUUUACACCAUUUAAUUAGGCCAUCCUCCAGAA